ACAGAUCAACAGAUCACAUAGAAUGAUAUUUUAUAGAAGUCAGCUUCAGUAGAAGAACACUGGAUCAAGUUGAGGAACGCGGUCUGAACAUAAAAAUGUUUCAGGUCAUUGAGAAGAACUUAUGCAAGACUGACACUUCUUGUAAUACUAUUGAGAACGAUGAGCAGAAGACAGAUAUGAGUGGGUAUAUAGAAGACGAACACUUUAAAUGUGAUCUGUGUGACUAUGCAUGUACUACCAUCGGUGAUCUGGAGACACAUACAGCAAUACAUAUAGGGGAGAACAGUUUAAACUGUGAUGUCAGUGAUUAUGUAUGUAAUAAAAGCAGUAAUCUGAAGGAACAUGUGAGAAUGCAUACAGAAGAGAAACUUUUAAAAUAUGAUGAUAGUGAAUAUUCAUUUAAUUCGAGCAGUAAUCUGACGACACAAACAAGAAAACAAACAAAACAGAAGGUAUUUAAAUGCGGUAUUUGUAAGCAGGCAUUUAAUGCUAUCAGAUAUUUUAAAGAACACAUGAAAACACACAGAGGAGAGAAGCCCUUUAAAUGUAACACGUGUGGUCGUGCGUUUAGUGCUAUCAAAACUAUGAAACGACACCUAAAAACACACACAGCAGAGAAAAACUUUAAAUGUGAUAUUUGUGAUCGUGCAUUCCGUGAUAUCACAAAUCUGAAACAACACAUAAAAACACACUCGGGAGAGAAACGUUUUAUAUGUGAUGUUUGUGAUUAUGCAUGUAAUGACAGUACUUAUUUAAAGAAACAUAUGACAAAGCAUACAGGAGAGAAACCAUUUAGAUGUAAUGUUUGUGAUUAUGCAUGUAAAUCAAGCGAUUAUCUGAAGUCACAUGUAGCAAGUCAUUUAGGAGAGAAAACAUAUAAUUGUGAUGAAUGCGAUUAUAUAUGUUAUUCAAACAGGUACCUGAAAGUACAUAUGAAAAUACAUACUGGUGAGAAACCUUUUAAAUGUGAUGAAUGCAAUUAUGCAUGUUUUGGAAGAACUGAUCUGAAGAUACAUAAGAGAGUUCACACAGGAGAGAAACCGUUCAAGUGUGAUGUUUGUGAUCGUGCUUUUACUGCAAGGAACAAUCUGAAGAAUCACAUGACAGUACACACAGGAGAAAAACACCUUAAAUGUGAUGUAUGUGAUUAUGUAUGUAAUUCAAGCACUUACAUGAAAAUACAUAAGGAAAGACACACUGGGGAGAAAUGCUAUAAAUGUGAUGUUUGCGAUUUUGCAUUUUCUUCAAGCGGUGGUCUGAAAAGUCAUAUUAAAAAGCAUACUGGUGAGAAAAGUUUUAAAUGUUUUGUGUGUGACUAUGCAUGUGAUAGAAUAGGUUUUCUAAAGACACAUAUGAGAAAACAUACAAGAGAGAAAUGUUAUAAAUGUGAUGUUUGUGAUUAUGUAAGUUCUUCAUUCAGUAAUCUGAGCAAACAUAGGAUAAUACACACAAAUGAUAAACCUUUCAAAUGUGAUGUUUGUGAUUUUGCAUGUUAUACAAGCAGUAGUCUGAACAUGCAUAAGAGAACGCACACUGGAGAGAAGCCUUUUAAGUGUGAUGUCUGUGAUUAUACAUCUAAACAAAGCGGUGGUCUGAAGACACACAUGAGAAUACACACAAAUGAGAAACCCUUCAAAUGUGAUGUUUGUGAUUAUGCAAGCAGAGCAGGCUCUGGUCUGAAGAAUCAUAUGAAAAUACACACAGGAGAGAAAGGCUAUAAAUGUAAUAUUUGUGCUUAUGCAUGCGCUUCACGCAAACGUCUGAUUGACCAUAAGAGAAUACAUACAGGAGAGAAACCAUAUCACUGUAAUGUUUGCGAUUAUGCAUGUAGUCAUAGCAAUUCUCUGAAGAUACAUAUGGCAACACAUACUGGAGAGAAACGUUUAAAAUGUAAUAUUUGUGAUUAUGCAACUCACAGUAGCUCUGUGCUGAGGAAACAUGUGUGGCGACAUACAGGAGAAAAACCCUUUAAAUGUAAUUUUUGUGAUUUUGCUUGUAAUUCGAGAACCAAUCUGAAGAGACAUAUUAUUCAGAAACAUACUGGGGAGAAACACUAUAAAUGUGAUGUUUGUGAUUUUGCUUGUAAUAUAGGUCGUUCUCUUAAGAAGCAUAUCAGAACACAUUUAGGAGAGAAGUGUUUUAAAUGCGAACUUUGUGAUUAUGCAAGCCGUACAAAUCGUCAACUGAAGCUACAUAUGAAAUUACACACUGGAGAGAAACCAUUUAAAUGUGAUGACUGUGAUUUUGCAAGUCAUUUAAGCACAAGUCUAAAGAAGCAUGUUUUUAGGAAACACAUACGAAAGAAUCACUAUAAAUGUAAUGUUUGUGAUUACACAUGCAAUACAAAGAGUAGUUUGAAGACACAUGAAACUGAAAAACAUACUGGAGAGAAAUAUGACGUGUAGUAUAGAGGAUCCAUUUAGAAAAAUAUGUACUUUAGUAUGAGAUUGUAGAUUAUGCAUGUUAUCAAGAAAUCUGUGAUUUCUUAAGAUGGAAAAAAAUCUACACAUUCACAUACGGUUGCAAUUUUAUGCCUGGUCAGAAAAUGCAAAUAUCUGUCUCUAUCAGAUGGAAAAACCUAUACAUUCCAAAAUAUAUGCACUUGAAGCAACACAUUUCAUUGAAAUUGUUUUUUAGAGCGGUGUUUUUCAUAAGUUUUGUAUGACAGAAUCAGUAAAAAUAGUCAAACUUUUUGUUAUUAAAUAUUGAUAGAGAACUUACAUAAUCUUUCGAAAUUUGAAAUACUGAAUCCUUUAGAAUUAUAUUAAAAAAGAACAAGUAUGUUUAUGAAUUGAAAUUAAUAAUAGAUGAUAAUAAUAAAUGAAUACAUUUUCCUGUAAAUCUGAAUUUAUAGGGAAAAAAUCUUAUGUGCCACAUUUUCAGUUUAUCAAAAUUUUGUUGCCUGUGUUUCGUUUUUUUUCUCUAAAACAAGAAGGUUUAAUUCAUGAUGCAAGCUUUAGUGUCUUUUUCCUGUUUGUGUAAAUUUUGCCUUUGUUUCGUUUUUUUCUCUAAAACAAGAAGGUUGUAAUUCAUGAUGUAAGCUUUAGUUGUCUUUUUCCUGUUUGUGUAAAUGUUGCCUGUGUUUCGUUUUUUUUCUCUAAAACAAGAAGGUUGUAAUUCAUGAUGUAAGGUUUAGUUGUCUUUUUCCUGUUUGUGUAAAUGUUGCCUGUGUUUCGUUUUUUUCUCUAAAACAAGAAGGUUUGAAUUCAUGAUGUAAGCUUUAGUUGUCUUUUUCCUGUUUGUGUAAAUGUUGCCUGUGUUUCGUUUUUUCUCUCUCUAAAAGAAGAAGGUUUGAAUUCAUGAUGCAAUUAAGCUUUAGUGUCUUUUUCCUGUUUGUGUAAAUGUUGCCUGUGUUUCGUUUUUUUCUUCUAAAACAAGAAGGUUUGAAUUCAUGAUGUAAGCUUUAGUUGUCUUUUUCCUGUUUGUGUAAAUGUUGCCUGUGUUUCGUUUUUUUCUCUAAAACAAGAAGGUUUGAAUUCAUGAGGUAAGCUUUAGUUGUCUUUUUCCUGUUUGUGUAAAUGUUGCCUAUGUUACGUUUUUUCUCUCUCUAAAAGAAGAAGGUUUGAAUUCAUGAUGCAAUUAAGCUUUAGUGUCUUUUUCCUGUUUGUGUAAAUGUUGCCUGUGUUUCGUUUUUUUGUUCUCUAAAACAAGAAGGUUUGAAUUCAUGAUGUAAGCUUUAGUGUCUUUUUCCUGUUUGUGUAAAUGUUGCCUGUGUUUCGUUUUUUUCUCUAAAACAAGAAGGUUUGAGUUCAUGAUGUAAGCGUUAGUUGUCUUUUUCCUGUUUGUGUAAAUGUUGCCUGCGUUGCGUUUUUUUUCUCUAAAAUAAGAAGGUUUGAAUUCAUGAUGUAAGCUUUAGUUGUCUUUUUGCUGUUUGUGGAAAUGUUGCCUGUGUUUCGUUUUUUUUCUCUAAAACAAGAAGGUUUGAAUUCAUGAUGUAAGCUUUAGUUGUCUUUUUCCUGUUUGUGUAAAUGUUGCCUGCGUUUCGUUUAUUAGAUCAGCUAUUCGAAGAAUAGUCUAGCUAUUCUACUCUCCCUGGCGUCGGCGUCAGCGUCGGCGUCACACCUUGGUUAAUUUUUUGUAUGCAAGUACAUACAGCUAUCAUUUAAAGGCAUAUAGCUUUGAAACUUAUUUUUUCUUUUUCUAUGUCAAUUACCAACCUCACUAGGUUAAGUCCCAUAACUCUGACAUGUAUUUUGAGCAAAUUAUGCCCCCUUUUGGACUUAGAAAAUUCUGGUUUAAGUUUGACAUGCAAGUUACUAUCUCCAAAACUAAUGCAGAUAUUGAAUUUAAAAUUCACAUGUGUCUUCGGGAUUAUAAAACUAGUUGAUAGCACCAAGUCCCAUAACUCUGACCUUCAUUUUGGCCAAAUUAUGUCCCCUUUUGAACUUAGAAAAUCCUGGUUAAAGUUUUGCAUGCAAGUACAUACAGCUAGUACUAAAAGGCAUAUAGAUUUGAAACUUAUUUUUUCUUUUUCUAGAUCAAUUACCAACCUCACUGGGUCAAGUCCCAUAACUCUGACAUGUAUUUUAGGCAAAUAAUGCCCCCUUUUGGUCUUAGAAAAUCCUCGUUAAAGUUUUGUGUGCAAGUACAGACAGCUAUUACUAAAAGGCAUAUAGAUUUGAAACUUAUUUUUUCUUUUUCUAGAUCAAUUACCAACCUCACUGGGUCAAGUCCCAUAACUCUGACAUGUAUUUUGGGCAAAUUAUGCCCCCUUUUGGACUUAGAAAGUUCUGGUUUAAGUUUUACAUGCAAGUUACUAUCUCCAAAACUAAUGCAGAUAUUGAACUGAAACUUCACAUGUGUCUUCGGGGUUAUAAAACUAGUUGAUAGCAGCAAGUCCCAUAACUCUGACCUUCAUUUUGGCCAAAUUAUGUCCCCUUUUGAACUUAGAAAAUCCUGGUUAAAGUUUUGCAUGCAAGUACAUACAGCUAGUACUAAAAGGCAUAUAGAUUUGAAACUUAUUUUUUCUUUUUCUAGAUCAAUUACCAACCUCACUGGGUCAAGUCCCAUAACUCUGACAUGUAUUUUAGGCAAAUAAUGCCCCCUUUUGGUCUUAGAAAAUCCUCGUUAAAGUUUUGUGUGCAAGUACAGACAGCUAUUACUAAAAGGCAUAUAGAUUUGAAACUUAUUUUUUCUUUUUCUAGAUCAAUUACCAACCUCACUGGGUCAAGUCCCAUAACUCUGACAUGUAUUUUGGGCAAAUUAUGCCCCCUUUUGGACUUAGAAAGUUCUGGUUUAAGUUUUACAUGCAAGUUACUAUCUCCAAAACUAAUGCAGAUAUUGAACUGAAACUUCACAUGUGUCUUCGGGGUUAUAAAACUAGUUGAUAGCAGCAAGUCCCAUAACUCUGACUUUCAUUUUGGUCAAAUAAUUUCCCCUUUUGAACUUAAACUCUUUUGAUAUUUCACCUUUUUGGGUAAUAUUUCCUGCUUCUGGGACAAUAUUUCGAGUAGUCGAGCUUGGCUGUCUUAUGAAUAUCUCUUGUUUUUCUCUAAAACAAGAAGGUUUGAAUUCAUGAUGCAAUUAGCUUUAGUGUCUUUUUCCUGCUUGUGUAAAUGUUGCCUGUAUUUCGUUUUUUUUCUCUCUAAAACAAGAAGGUUUGAAUUCAUGAUGCAAGCUUUUUUUGUCUUUUUCCUGUUUGUGUAAAUGUUGCCUGUGUUUCGUUUUUGUACCCCACGACAACAAAGUUGUAAGGGGGGGGGGGUAUACUGGUUUCAGGUUGUCUGUCUGUCUGUCUGUCUGUCUGUAUGUAGGUCUGUCCGUAGAAACAAUCUUGUGCGCUCCAUCUCUCCUCAUCCCCUUGACACAAUUUAAUGAAACUUCACACAAGUGAUCAGUAACAACAGUAGUUGUGCAUGGGGCAUGUUAGGUUCUUUCAGAAAAAAAAAUGCAGAGUUACGGGACUUUGUUUUUUGUUACUAUACUAUAUACAUAGACACAAUCUUGUGCGCUCUAUCUCUCCUCACCCCCUUGACACAUUUUAAUGAAACUUCACAAAAGUGAUCAGUAACAACAGUAGUUGUGCAUGGGGCAUGUUAGGUUCUUUCAGAAAAAAAAAUUGCAGAGUUACGAGACUUUGUUUUAUUGUUACUAUACUAUAUACAUAGACACAAUCUUGUGCGCACUAUCUCUUCUUAUCCCCUUGACACAAUUUAAUGAAACUUCACACAAGUGAUCAGUAACAACAGUAGUUGUGCAUGGGGCAUGUUAGGUUCUUUCAACAACAAAAAUUGCAGAGUCUGCAUAUGCAAUCUUGUGCGCGCCUAAUCAUCCGAACCCUUGCACAUAAUUUAAUGAAACUUCACACAAGUGAUCAGUACCAACCCUAAUUGUGCAUAGUACAUGUUACGUUCUUUUAGAUAAAUAUUCUGCAUAGUUAUGGGACUUUGUUUUUUGUUACUAUACUUUAUACAUACAGUCUGUAUUCAUACAGUCCACAUAAUUAUGCAAUCUUGUUUGUGUCAAAUUGCAAUGUACUGUGUCAGUGCAUGAGGGGGAUACAUUCAUCACCUUUAGUGAUAGCUCUAGUUUUCUCUAAAACAAGAAGGUUUUACUUCAUGAUGCAAGCUUUAGUGUCUUUUUUGUUUGUGUAUAUCCAUGUUAUAUUAUAUAUAUAUUCCGGGUCUAAAGAUCAUCCACAGUUGCGAUAAGUAAUUUAUUUAUCGUUGCCACUUUUUAGACAAUUGUAGUUCAGCCCUGUAAGAUAACAACAUUUAGAAAAUAUUUAUGAGGAGCAUAAAGUUUAAUUGGCAAUGUAUGACACACGAAACCAGGUUUUCAGUAGUAAAUUACACAAAACAGGUGUCAUUAAAAUUUCAAAAUUUCAUAAACUUCUUUUUCUCACGUCAUUGUAUAUAUUUUUUUUUUGUUCUUUUAAUACCUUAUUUGGAGCAAUGACUGUAGCUCAUACGGUAACAUCCUAAGACCUGGCAAAGCACUUAUUGUUCUUUAUAGCAGAGUUAAAAGCCUUUUUGACACACCAUGCUGGUAUACACUGGUGUUAUUUUAUCGUAAGCACUGAACCGUUCCAAGUAGGAAGGAAAUCUGGUCCUUCAUAAAGAUGCGUUGUAAGGGUACUCUAUAUUUUGACCAGAAAGCAAAUGCCAAAAGGGCGCACUUCUUCAAUUCUGUAAGAAUAAAUGCAGAUGAAAGGAGGUUUAAUAAAAUUCUAACAGUG